AUGGCGUACGUGGACCACGCGUUCUCGAUAUCGGACGAGGACCUUAUGAUUGGGACUUCGUACACCGUCAGUAAUCGCCCGCCGGUGAAGGAGAUCUCCCUCGCCGUGUCUCUCCUCUUGUUCGGAAUCCUUGGAAUCGUCUCCGGUUUCUUCAUGGCCUACAACCGAGUCGGCGGCGAUCGAGGCCACGGGAUUUUCUUCAUUGUCCUUGGGUGUCUUCUGUUUAUCCCGGGCUUUUACUAUACACGGAUUGCAUAUUACGCUUACAAAGGAUACAAAGGCUUCCAGCCUGCAAAGUUACCAGUCCAAGCCUUUGGGAAUAAACAUCAAGCAAAUGUCAAAUGGUUUGGUUCUAAACAGCAGCAACGAGACAGUAAGCUGUCGUUGAUGCUCUGGUGGUAUCUUAAACCCAUCUCAGAAUUUGAUUUGAGGGACGAUAAAUCGGAAGGAGGAAGAAGGAUGGUUUGGUUUCAAUGCGACGACUGUGGAGCUAGUCUGAAGAAGCCAAAGCUCCCGGCUCACUUCAGGACGUGCCAUGCCUCAAGGUUAUCGUGCAUCGACUGUGGAGAAACGUUUGGGCGAGAUAGUGUACAAGGUCAUAACCAGUGCAUUACCGAAGCUGAGAAGUAUGGUCCAAAAGGGCAGUCAAAGACAUCUAAUGGCACACCUGCAAAGCCAAAGGACGGCUCGAAGCAACAACCUGACUUUGAUAUAAAUGUUGGCUUAUCCAAUCGGUAUCCAUGGUUUUGUAGCUUAUGUAACACAAAGGCUACAAGCCAGCAGACUUUGCUUGCCCAUGCUGAUGGGAAGAAACAUCGAGGAAAAGCAAGAAGCUUUCAUGCUAAACAACAAGCCUCAGAAACCCCUGUGGUGGGAGAUGCAACAGAGAAUGCUUCUAAUGGUGUUUCGGAAGAGAAGAAAGAUGAUUCACUUGUCUCCUCAGACCCGCAUGUUGAGAAAAAGAGAAAGCUAGAGACUUUGGUUGAAAACAACGGAGAGGUAGUUCAAACGGAAACUGAAGUAAAGAAAGCAAAGAAGCAGCAGGGCCAUGAGAAGAAAAUCAAUUGGAAGAAGUUGAUCACAUCCGCUUUGAAAUCUAAGGAAGAUAAAACUUUGAAGAUGAAGAAACUGAAGAAGCUCGUUUUGGAAUCUCUUGUGGAUUCAGGCAUUACUCGAGACAAAUCCGACGUCAGUGAGGAGAUAGAGCUAAAGGUGAACUCGAGCCCCAGAUUCACUGUUGAUGGCAAGUACGUGAAACUUGUGGCUAAAGAUUGAUUCGGAUUUCUUGAGACAAGCAACUGUAGUAAACAUUUCCCGACUCAAUAUUGGAUUUCACCCGUCACAUUUUUGUCUUGUGAUUCGUUAGCAUUACUCUCUGUACCAAGAUUUUGGAUUCUCAUUAAGAGCAUAUGGUAAAACCCUGAAACAGUUCUCAAGUUGUGACUUUUUGAUUCGAGUAGACUUAUAAAGAACUAGUAUGGUUAGAGGUAA